AAAAACGGCCGUUGCAAAUAUUAAGGUCAUAUUCUGCACAUUCAUUAAUUAAAAUAACAUGCAAUCUCCAGUUACAUAAAACCAAUUUUAUCACCAAACUGCAAUUAAAUGACUUGUUAGAUUAAACUAAACCCAAUGUCCAAAAGCCCGACAUACAACAGAAACCACAAAACGGAGAUUUUAAUUUUAUGGGUGCAAUUAAUCUUUGAGAUUGACAAGGGGAGUAAGGGAAGGGAGUAGGGGCGUGACGCGUGUGCAUGGCAGGCAGUCGUCGACAGACGAAGAGAAUGGGUCUGGGAGAAAGAACGAAGGGGAGGGAGGAGGAACUACAAGAAGAAAAAAAAGUUAAAGUAAAAAUGGCUUCCUUGUCUUUGGACUCUGCAGAGCAAUCUGAGAAUAGCCCGGAGGAGUCUACCGCGGAGCCCGUCGAAACGAAAGAAGACAUAGAUCCGGACGAAGUUUCUGAGCAACUGCUUCAAAGUUUCCAAAACUCUGCGCUCAGUUUUUCGACCGACCAAGUAGCUUGUCUGUGCGAAGCUCUUUUACAAGCGGGCAAUGUGGAUCGCCUGUGGAGAUUUCUCUCUACCAUCCCUCCUUCAGCAGAGCUGCUACGUGGCAACGAGACCCUGCUCAAGGCCCAGGCACUGGUCGCUUUCCACCGGGAUGAAUAUAAAGAGCUGUAUGCCAUUCUAGAGAGCCACGACUUCCACCCCAGCAACCAUGGGUUCCUUCAGGACCUGUACUUACAGGCGCGUUACAAGGAGGCGGAGAGGUCCCGGGGUCGCAGCCUAGGUGCCGUGGACAAAUAUCGACUGAGGAAAAAAUUCCCUUUGCCAAAGACUAUCUGGGAUGGAGAGGAAACGGUGUACUGCUUCAAGGAGAAGUCUCGCAAUGCACUGAAAGAGUGUUACAAAAGUAACAGAUACCCUACUCCUGACGAGAAAAAAAACUUGGCCAAAGUCACCGGGCUCUCUCUCACUCAAGUAAGUAAUUGGUUCAAGAAUCGACGGCAGAGAGACAGAACUCCGUCUGGGACCCAUAGCAAAAGCGAGUCGGAUGGCAAUCACAGCACCGAGGACGAGGGCAGCAACAUGGAUGACAUCUCCGACAAACCUGAUGACAUCACUUCCUCUACCGCCUCCCUCAUCUCCCUGGCCGGCGCCCCCUGCAGCACAGGAGGCCAGCUGUUCCUCAACGGCACCGGGGGCUUCCUCACCGCUUCCCACCCGCUCCUCCUCAACGGGAGCUCUCUGAUCUCCGGGACGGGGGGGAGGGUCAUCAUCAACGGCCUGACGCUGAGCGACGGCCACACGGUCACCCUGAGCUCUGUUCCUGCCAACUCCCCUCUGCUCCUCAACGGGGCCCAGGUCAUCUCUUCCAAGCCCACUGGGGGGGUGCAGCGCCAGGAGCUGAGCAUAGGCCUGGGGCUGGAGGACCAGGGGAUGUGUGCCAUGGAGGCCCAUCCAAGUAGUCUGCCCACGGUGGUCCUUGGCCCCAGCACCAGCUCCACCCCAGGCCCGGCCAUCUCUCUUCCCCCAUCUGAAGACCUGAAGGCGGAUGGUGGGAGCCUGGCGAGCCCCUCUGCAUCAGUCAUCCCCACCCUAGACUUCAUCAAUGUCCCAGAGGGGAUGGUUAUCAAAUCAGAGAACGGCAUUCACACAGUAACCGUCUCCCCCUCCUCUUCUUCCUCAUCCAUCUCUCCAACUCUGUCCUCCCCCACAUCACUGCCAUCCCUGGUUUUGACUCAAAAUGGCCACCUCCAGGACCCCCUCUCCCUACCCUCUUCACUCUCCUCUACUGGUGUGGUUAUCUCCAGUCCUGUAGUGCCCCUGGCCAACCAACAGGGCGAGUAUGUGGUGUUUGCCACUGCUGGCUCCCAGUUGACCCCUUCCAGUUCCAUCUGCCAGGUAGUCUCUUCCUCCGGCUACCCCACCCCUCCACAGGUGUUCUCCUUGCCCCAGGUCGUGCCCUCAAUCCAAGGCAUCCCUGUCUCCCAGCUGGUGCAUUCUGGAGCUCAGGUGUCUCAGUGCCCUCAACUGGUCCCUGUGUCCACCCUCACUUCCUCCCUCCCUCAGUCCACCCUGUCUGGCUUUCAGACCCCCCAGACACUGAGCCUGGGUCCCAAACCUCUCACCCCCCAGCAGCAACAGUCCGGGGCCUCGACCCUGGGGGAGGGCACCACUAUCCUCUCCGUCUCCCAGUUGAACAACAGCCAGCUCGCCCAGGGGCUUACUUACCAGCUGGGGGAACAAAGCUCCUCCACCACCCCCUCACUAACCCAGAUUCAGACCCAGGGGUUAACAGGGGCACACGUCACCCCAAUCUCUUCCUCAACACAGGUGGUUCCGGCCCCCCACUCCACAGACACGGUCAUGGGCACCCUCUCAGCCCCAGCCCAUUUGGUGCCUCUCUCUCUCCCCCAGCUGGUGCCUGUCUCCUCUUCCGGGUCCCUCGCCUUCCCCCAGGUAGUCCCAGCCUCCCCCUCCCUCUCCCUGCCCUCCACUGGGGGGGGCUUCCAGAUCAUAGCCUCUGGACCAGCAGCAGGGGGGGUCACCCAGGGUCCCUUUAGGAUCAACCAGCUUGGAUCACUCCAAAGUUUGGUCCCUCCCACCAGCAUGGGCCCUGGUGUUCAGUUGCUCAACUCCGGGGUCAUCCAGCUCCCAUCAGGCUCUCCAGGUAACCUCCUCCUUGGAGGAAGUCCUAUCCUGAGUGUCCAGCAGGGGAAGCUGAUCCUGACCAUCCCAGCAGGUAUCCAGUUCACCAGCCUACCAGUCAAACCCGUCCCUGAGGCUUCCCCUCUGUCCUCCAACAGUGUAGGCCCCCUCCUGACCUCCGUCCUCUCACCCCCAACCUCCCUCCCCGUCUCCGCUUCCAGCACCCUCCAGACCUCCCCUCUCUGCUUCAUAAACUCCUCCCCGCUCUACGGCACUCCAGACUCUGGAGGCCAUAUCAGCCUUGCCCCUCCGUCGAUCCCUUCCCUGCACACCACCCUGGACCCCUCCUGCACCCCCACACCUCCCAACACCCUCACCCCAGAGAGCAUGCUGUCCCUCAGCCCCAUGUGCAGUGGGGUGACCGCCUCCACCCAGCUCCCCCAGCCCACCUGGAGCCCCGUGCCCCUUUCCACCUCUGCCAGCCUGACUCUGUUUGAUAUCCGCGGGAAGGAGGAUCUACCCGAGGACCCCGCUCUGCUGGGCCUACCUGGAGGUGAGUCCCUGCUCCUAGGGAGUCCUUCCCCAGACCAGGAUGGGGAGAGGGACUCCCAGCUGCAGGAUCCUGAAGAGAUGGAUGGGGUCCCGAAGAUCCUCACCCAACUCCAGUCAGUCCCGGUGGACGACGAGCUGCGAUUGUAGACAGGACCUCCGUUUCCCUGUAAACUCCACGUUCUAGAACUACGAGACUUGUUUCUUGGAUUGUCUGGUUGAAGUUGCCACAGUUCAUCUUUUCAAGACCAUCUCUGUACGUAAGGUGUGAGAGCACUUUUCUUGGGAUAAAACAUGCCCUGAUUGACGUGGAUUGGGGCAGAGUUACAAGCGAUAGGACAGCAGGAUUGUAAACCGUAUGGAUUGACUGGCAGGAGGAUUCACAGGCUAUCCCCCAAAGUGGUGUUACUGAUCUGCAUUAAGACAUGUACUGGACAUUGGUCCAACAUACCAGAGCCCCUUACUUCCUCUUGCUCCCCAACACUAGUCAGGUCAGUCUGCCUUAAAGUAUUUCCUGGGUCACUCAAACCACUUCUGGUGUCACCAUGGAACCCAGGUCAGAGGACAUCCUCUGGCCUAGUUAUACCCACAGGAGAAACUAGGCCAGACAACUCUCCAAAGAACCAUCUGUACCUCCUACCUGCCACGUUCUUCCCAUGGAGCAGUGCUUAGUGGAGAGGUCGUCUCCACGUGUACGUGGACUUUUUACAGACAUUGGGAAAGAAGUGGAGUCAGGAAAUUCAACCUGUUCUACCCUACUAUGCAAUCAACGUUUAGUGUAUUGUACUGUGUCCUCUGCAUGACACUUUCUGAGUUCUGGAACACUAAUACAGAUUACACUCAGUGCACAUUACUACAUGCUAUGUGCACAUUACGAGAGUACUGUACAAUCGUACUACACUAUGACUAGUUUGGUUAUGAAUGACGUAUGUAUUCUGUGUGUUUCUUUUAAUAUUUAGUGUUUGGAUAUUGAGAAGUCCUAAGUGCCUUAUUUCUGGGAUCAAAUCCGUCUGUCACCUUCAUAUGGGCUUGACUCUUGGAUUUUGCAGUGAUAAAACAUCAACCCAGCCAGGUAUGAACAUGUAAACCCUAAUACGAGUUGUAUAGUAACUCUUAUCUCAGUCAGUGUAGAUUAAGGCGUAAUAUGAACUGACACGACUUGGUUGCAUGAUCCUUCUUGUUUGAACGCAGACUAAACAAAUUCUUUGACCAUUUUGCACAUUUGAUCCACAUCCCCAUGGUCACUCUGUCUGUUGUUACGAUGAUAACUGUUCCAUUCUGAAAACUCCCUGUGUUGCCUCUGUUCCCGGUGACCUUUCCCUCUCAGCUAUUACACUAAAGGGCUGAGUGGCUUACAGUGGUGUGAUUCUCUGGUGUGAUUGUGCGGCAGUUUCCUUCCAUAAAAAUCAUAGCGGUUAACAAUAGAUCUUGGUUUAAAACCAAAAUAGUCUUACAUUUGUGGUGCACUUGAUUAGUCUACCCAGUACAAAGAAGCCAAGGAAACUGUCCCAGAAUUGCAUGUCAAACUCACCUCAAAUAUGGGUGACUUAAGUGGGCCAAAUGACUUAAGUGGGCCAAAUGACUAAAAAAAAAAUGACUAAAUGUGGGCCAGGUGUUUCCUGCUCGAGCCUCACAGACUGUGUCUGAGUCUGUCAAAGAUCAACGGUACACCGUCACCGUGGAGACUUCCUCCUGACCAGAGCCAAGGCCAUCGUUUUUAAUCUGUGUGAGUUUUGUUGUUUCUUUUCUAUGUAUAUUUAAUGCAUGUAUCAAUCAGUUUAGAUUAAACCAUUAACUUUAAACAGCCUGAAUGCCAACAAGAAAAAUGGGCAUAGGAGACAAAAAUGAGGGAAUAUUGUCAAAUGUUUGGUGAUUUACAAAGAUGCCUUCCCCAUCCCUGGACUCUGCGGGGUCCAGCCAUCUUUAGAACAUGAUGGUCCAGUCACCAUGUGUGGCCAAGUGAUGGAUCAUACAUACAGCUUCAAGUGGAAGGAGACUGGUGCACUUCCAUCACUUGUUUGCCAAAGCAAAGCGUGUGUUUUGAGUUGCUGGCUGUUGGCAGAAUUGUUCAUUGCUUCAAAGCAGUACUUUUGAAGCCUGAUGCAAUAUCUGAUUUGGAGGCCGAGGAAGUGUGUGUGUGUGUGUGAGAGAGGGUUAGAAAUUGUGAGUGUUUUUCCCUCAUAAUGUGGUGCUCAAAAUGCUGUUACAGUGGCUGGUGAGUUGUGUGCAAAUCUAAACCAAAUUCCCUCACACCGACAAACAGACACACACAACUUCCGCCUGAAUGAACCAAAGAUAAUGUAUGUUGAUUAACAUUUUGGAUUGUGAGUAAAGGGAUUGUUUGUGUGUCCUACAAUAACAUGUCCUCUCCUGUAAGAGAGGUUUUGUACUUAAAGUUAUUAUAUUUUUUAUAUACAGUUUUAUUGUGAUAUUGUAAUAAACUAUAUUUGAAUGCA